AUGUCGACCCGCAGCGCAGCGACCAAGAUCCUGCGCGGAUCCCUCUCCACAACGCCGGCACCGGGCGCGGCAGGGUCACCGGGCUCGUUCCACCUACCUCUGCGCAAGCUCGUCAUCGAGUACUGCGAGUCCAACCCUUCGUCGGCGGGGACGCGCCAGUUUCUCCGCUCGACGGUGCCGGCGUGGGCGCGCUCCCACCCGUCCGUCGAGGUCGUGGUGCGCCAGCGCCCCUCGCUCCACCCCGUCCUCCGCGGCUUCUACGCAAACGGAAGGUCAAAGGAGAUCUGCGUAAAGAACCUCGAGGGAAACGGCGUAGAGGCCACCCUCAAGAAGCUCAGGGACGACUCGGGCGCAAAGACAAAGAGCCUCAAGAGGAUCCCCGUCGAGAGCAAGGCGGAGAGCGCCAGGGGCAUCUGGAGCGCGCUCCAUGGCGCAAGGUAG